UUUCCGGCGCUGUGUUGCCGGAAGAGAAGCGGCGGCGGCGGCGUGUGAGGGGAGCUCUGGGGCCGCGCUCGGCCGGGACCCCCCGGGACCCCCCCAGACCCCCCCCGGGCAGCUCCGCAGCGGUUCCGGAGGCGUUCGGCGGCCUCGCCCCGCGGUUGGCGCCCCCCGGCAUGGCGCUGCCCGAGUGGCACAUCGCCGUGAAGCUGGCGGACCAGCCGCUGGCCCCCAAAUCCAUCCUGCGCCUGCCCGAGACGGAGCUGGGCGAGUGCCCGCUGGGCGGCUGCAGCAUCUCCUGCCUCAAGCAGCUCAUCACCGGCCGGCUGCAGGAGUCCGUGCCCGACCCCGAGCUCAUCGAUCUGAUCUACUGCGGCCGUAAGCUGAGGGAUGACCAGACGCUUGAUUUUUACGGCAUCCAGUCAGGCUCCACUGUUCACGUGCUGCGCAAGUCCUGGCCUGAGCCUGACCAGAAACCAGAGCCCGUGGAUAAGGUGGCAGCAGUUCGGGAGUUCCGAGUGCUUCACACUGCCCUGCACAGCAGCCCUGCCUACAGAGAUGCGGUCUUCAAAAUGCUGGGGAACAAGGAGUCGCUGGAUCAGAUCAUUGUGGCUACUCCUGGCCUCAGCAGUGACCCGGUUGCUUUGGGAGUGCUGCAGGACAAGGAUCUCUUCUCAGUGUUUGCAGACCCCAACAUGCUGGACACGCUAAUCCCAGCUCACCCUGCCCUGGUGAACGCCAUCGUGCUGGUGCUGCACUCGGUGGCGGGCAGCACCCCGCUCCCCGCCCCGGAGACAUCCUCCCGAGGCAUGUCCUCCAGCUCCUACCGUGACAUGCCAGGUGGCUUCCUGUUUGAAGGUCUCUCCGAUGACGAAGAUGACUUUCACCAGAGCACGAGGUCAACGCCGUCCAGCAGCACCUCUGGCUCCCGCCCGGCUUCCCUCGGCUACUCGGGGGCUGCAGGGCCCAGGCCCAUCACCCAGAGCGAGCUGGCGACAGCGCUGGCACUGGCCAGCACCCCGGAGAGCAGCUCCCACACGCCUACCCCUGGCACCCAGGGUCACUCCUCUGGGACCUCCCCGAUGUCAUCCAGCGUCCAGUCGGGGACACCCAUCACCAACGACCUCUUCAGCCAGGCCUUGCAGCACGCCCUGCAGGCCUCGGGGCAGCCCAGCCUGCAGAGCCAGUGGCAACCCCAGCUGCAGCAGCUGCGAGACAUGGGCAUACACGAUGAUGAGCUGAGCCUCCGGGCCCUGCAGGCCACUGGAGGGGACAUCCAGGCUGCCCUGGAGCUCAUCUUUGCUGGCGGGGCUCCCUAGCUUUGGGCAGGACCGGUGUGUGGCACCGUGACGUUCCUCACCCUGGGACUCGGCCCCACAGCUCUGCUCUGCGCUGGGGCUGGGAGCUGCUGGGGCUCGGCUCCUGUCCUCACAGGUGGGCUGUGCGACCCUGGCUGAGAGCACCGAGGCUGCAUCCUCCAGCUCCACUGGUAACCUCCCUCUGGUCUCCCCCUUCUCCCUGUUCUGCUCGUCAGAGAUGAGACCUCAGAGCUCUGCUCAGCACGCAGGGGCAGCUCUCGUGUGCUGGGGGAUGCUCUGGUCUGGCAACACCCCCCCCCGCCUGCUGUGUGAUCCCUGCCCGCCUGGCGUGCCUCGGUCUCGUCUCGUUCUGUCCUUGUGGUUCCCCUGUGUCUGACUGCAUUAAAGGGACUGUGUUCACCUGC